AUGGCAGAACGAAAGAAAGUUUUAACAGUAAAUAGAGGUCAAAUAAAAGCAAGAAUUACUAGAUUUGAAACGUAUAUUGAAAAAGCGUUACCGGAAAAUGCAAACGAGGCAAGAAUUCGGUUAGAACACGUCAAGGACGCUUUAGCCGAGUUUAACGAGAUACAAUCAGAAUUAGAAUUAAUCGACGAAAACGAGCUAACAGGCAAUGAACGCGAUAAUUUUGAAAAUAAGUAUUUUGCGAUCCUAUCUAAGGCGACUGAAUUCGUGGAAAAACACAUAAUACGGACACCGACUACGUCGGCAGCGGCAAGUGAUACAAUAGAUGUUUACGCGCUUCCGAGACAAAGCGAUUCAAGUCAACAAAAAAAUGUAAAAUUACCGACGUUAGAUCUUCCUAAGUUUUAUGGUGAUUACGUGGAUUGGGUACAUUUCGAUGAAACUUUUUGUGCUUUGGUACAUAAUGAUCCGCAUAUGGAUGAUAUAAACAAAUUUUAUUAUUUGAUCAGCUGUUUAAAGGGUGAUGCGGCGAAAACAAUCGCUUCAUUAGAGAUAACGCGAGAUAACUACAAGAUUGCACGUGAUUUGUUAAAAGAAAGAUUCGAGAACAAAGAAAAAAUAAUAAAAACUCACGUAUCGGCGUUGUUCGAAUUACCAGCGAUUACAAAGGAAUCUCAUAUGCAUUUACGUCGUUUACUUGACGAUUACAACAGACACACGCGCGCAUUAAAGGCAUUAGGUGAACCCGUCGAGCAAUGGGGUACGCUUUUAAUUCAUAUCUUAGCCAGAAAAUUAGAUGAAACAACGCGAUUUAAAUGGGAAGAACACGUUGUUGAAACGUACAAAAGAAAACAAAUGCCAGAUGCACAAAGUAUGAUUGAUUUUUUAACAAACCGAUGCAAUGUUUUCGAAACGAUCGAAAGAGGCAAACCAAAAAUUGGAAAGUUAUCGGCACAUUUGACCGUCGACAAAGCGGAAGGGAAAUCACAUGAUCUACAAUUGCGGCAUAAUACAUUGUUACAUGUAGCAAAACCAAUUCCAACAGCGACAAAUAUAACACCAGAGAACACCAAAGAAAACGAUGAACAACCAACCGUACAAGCUUUGAAAGCCACCAACGAGCAGAAGGUUUUUUUGUCAACAGCGAUAGUUGAAGUAAAGAAUGGAGAAGGUAAAUGGCAAAGAGCACGAGCUUUAUUGGAUUCUGGUUCUCAAUCCAACUUUAUUACAAAUGAUUUAACCCAAAGGUUGAAACUGCACACAUACAAAGUAGAUUUGCCAGUAACAGGAAUUAACCAAACAGCUACACGUAUUACCGAAGGCGUGAGUACACCGAUUAAAUCGAUUUAUAACAAUUUCCACGCAAAUUUAUCAUUUUUGACUAUUGAGCAGAUUUCUGACGAAUUUCCAAAUUUUAGAGUAAAACAGAAGGAGAUGCAAAUACCAGCACAGGUAAAAUUGGCUGAUCCUAAUUUCUGCGAACCUAGUCAGAUCGAUCUUCUAUUGGGAGCAGGAAUUUUCGCACAGUUAGUUUCCAUUGGACAGAUCAAACUUGGCAGUGGAUUACCUACAUUACAGAAGAGCGUGUUGGGAUGGAUUGUAUCAGGACCGGUAGCGAUAUGCAAUUUAAACGUACACAACCCAAAAAUCCAUUGCAGUCUUACUAUUGACAAAAUCGGAAAACAAUUGGAGAACUUUUGGAGAAUAGAAGACUUUUCAAUCCCAAAGCCUUAUUCCAAAGAAGAGGCCAAAUGCGAGGAACUAUUUGCAAAGACAACAGUAAAAAACAACACGGGACAUUUUGUGGUACAGCUUCCAAUGCGUAUGAAAAGCACAAAAUUGGGUGAGUCACUUCAGAUGGCAACCGAACGAUUCUUAAAACUAGAAAAAAGGUUAGUCAAUGACGUAGCUACUUAUGAAUCAUACAGGAACUUCAUGGCGGAAUAUGAAAGUCUGGGACAUAUGAGCAAAAUCCAAGAAAACAUGCUGUGA